CCCACGGCGUUUUCUGCCGGUGCCGAUCUGAAAGAACGCGCCGCCAUGUCCGUCACCCAGGCCGAAUUGUUCGUGGCAGGUUUGCGCGAUACCUUUGACCGCGUCGCCAAUCUUCCGAUACCCGUAAUUGCUGCCGUUGAGGGUGUCGCAUUGGGCGGCGGCUUGGAGCUCGCCCUCGCUGCUGAUUGGCGUGUCGCUAGUUCCACUGCUACUUUCGGCCUACCGGAAACAAGCCUGGCCAUUAUACCGGGAGCCGGGGGUACCCAGCGUUUGCCACGCUUGAUCGGCACUGGACAGGCAACCAAGCUCAUAAUGACAGGCGCCCGUGUGGAUGGGACCACCGCUUACCAAUUAGGGAUGGUGGAAGAGUUGGUGGAACCAGGAUCGGCGUUGGAAAUUGCUAUGGCAAUGGCGUGGAAGGUCGCGACCAACGGACCCGUGGCGGUCCGGGCGGCCAAACAAGCCGUUCGAAAAGGAAUGGAAGCCAGGACCGUAAAGGAGGCGUUGGAAAUGGAACGGAAAUGCUACGCUCAAGUGCUACCAACCGCAGAUCGAUUGGAAGGAUUAGCAGCCUUCCGAGAACGCAGAUCCCCCGUGUACAGUGGCAACUAA